UAGGCCUCCAGAGAGAGAAACCAGACGGCAUUUUCCUUUGCCAAUUCAGUCGAGAGCCAGACUGGGUGUGCACGGCUGGUUAUCUCCGCACAACCGAGAGGCCAAAAACCCUAGCCCUCUUCCCGACGCCCCCAAAUCCCCCCGAACACCGUACCAUGGCCGCAUCCAACAGCGGCGGCGGCCCGCUCUCCGCCGAGGCGGGGGCUGCUCUUGGAGAGGGCAUCGGGCUAGUCUUCGGGCGGUGGACGGCGCUUCAGAUGGCGGUGGAGAACCAGUGGGGCGGCCGCGACUCGCGCGCCAAGGCCGACCAGCUCGGCGCGUCCAUCCUCUCCUGGUUCUGCCAUUCUAAGGGUCCACAUUACUAUGAAGACUUGGUGGAUAUGGUGUACAACACAAUAUCUGAAUCGUUCAAUGCUGACUUUGAGGAUGGUAGUGUUGAGGAGGUUGCUGAACAAUUAUUGAUUAUGCAUGAAGAAUGCCUGCAAAGCAACUAUUCAUCGAUAGAGAAGUUAAGGAAUACACAUGUUCAGGGGAAUGCUGUUUCCCAAAGUAGACAGAUAGCAGUUGAUGACAACGAUGACAGUGAUAGCUCAGAUGACGACGACGAUGCAUCAAUGAUGGACGAUGAAGCAACUCCGCCAGAGGAGAUGGCGGUGGACAAGCCCAAACCCUCCAAGCCUGUCCCUGAUGCGGAUGGGUGGACUGUCGUACCCCCUAGACGUGGUCGAGGCAAGAACUAGGCUUGCUGCCGAUUUUGUUACCGAAUGUUUUCAGUGUUGCAGUUCGGUAUCAGGGGUGUUGAGAGUAGUAUGUUUUCCUUCCCAGUAGCUUUGCUGCUGGGCAUGCUAUCUAUAGAUACACGCAACCUGUGCUGAGGUCUUAAUCUUCCUUGCUGAGUGAAUCAUAUAGUCAUGCUGAGCGAUAUACUUAUAUACACUUGUGUAAUGCCAUAUUGAAUUCAGGUUUAUUGCCA